UUGGCGGCGAGGGAUACAUUGGGAGUGAUGGAUAGUAUCGGUGGUAAAAGCUGUUUGGAAAUCUGGACAGAGGAAAACGACAAGUUGGUGGCAGAACUGAAGAAUAUUUCUACCCACACUGCAAGUUGGAAAGCUACCUUGCGCCAGAGCUAUGUUUCUUUCAACAAACUGCUAGAGAAAAUCCAAGGGUUGCCACCGACUAUACCCAGCCUUCCCCUGGAACUGACUGUGCUGUACAAUACCAUUGUUUUAGGUAUCAGCUUGUCUGACGUCAUUCACAGCGAUCACUCCCGGUUGUUCCAGGGAUUAACCCGGGGAUUAGAAGCGUAUGGUAAAUGUUUUGACGAACAGGACAUCAUGAAAUUAUGCAAAAUGAUAUUUCAGAACAUCAGUGACCCUACUGUUAUUCAGGGAGUUCAUCAGAUAUUAUAUCUGCAAAGCCUGCUGUGGCUGGCUAGAAAUCAGCUGGAGAAAGUUGAUGCAGUGCUACACGUGCUCAAGGAGAGAAGUUCCUCGGCCUCCGGUUUGAAUAUACAGUGUGAUGAUUUGUGGCAGUCCAUUAAAACUGGAUACCUACUAAAAGAUGGAAGGGGGAAGCGUCUUGUGUUGGCACUGAGUCUCAGAAGUCUGGGACAGUUGAUGUACACCUGUGCUACAUUUUUGCGAGGUGUUCGUAAAGUGGAAGAUGGUAAUUACCUGGAAGCCAUUGAUAUCCUGCAGCAAGCAACCGAUGGACUUUGCUCUAAGAAAAUUCUGGCAGAGAUCUACACUCUGAUCGGUUACAGUUCAGUCCAAGUGGGCAAACCACAAACUGGCUUGCAAUAUUUCAGGUGGGCACUACAAUUAGACAUCCAGUGCUUUCCUGCAUUGUAUCAUGCUGCUAUGGUCUAUCGACAGCUAGAGAUGCUGGAAGCUGAACUUGAGGCCCUAAACCAUCUUUAUAUGAUUUUUGAAAAUUAUGAUAAAUUUAAGGACGCCAAUCACGUUGAAUCUCAGUUUUUGAUCAAGCCUGAGCAGCUGGUUGGGAUUCCAGCAACAUGCUGUCUGCUGACCAACGUAAACCAAGUAUAUGUAAAGCAUUCUCUUGCAAGAAGAUACCUUCAGAUAGGAAGGGCUGGAGAGGCAGCAGAACAUUACCUUGACCUACUGGCUUCAUUCUAUGAAGGAUCACAACAGGAAAUAUCUCUUGUAGCAGACUGCAUGGUUCCUCGAAUUCCUGAAAUCUAUUUGGAAACAGCUGUGGCUCUUCUGCAGUGUCAGAGAUGUAACGAUGCCAUCACGGUCUGUGAGGAAAUUACCCGCAAACUGUCAAGUUUACUUUCAGAAAAUUUAACAUUUGAGAUUAGAGUUAAUGAAUGGUUGCCUAAAGAUUGCUCAGAAAGGACUGAAAUUAACACAGUUUGCCAGAGUUCCCUUUCAAAUUAUUCCAGUGAGUCACAAACACAAUGUUCAACAAAGAAAGAAACCCUCAAUUAUAUUCUAUGGAUGGCAAGUGCAUUAUUAUAUCAAGGACAAGCUUUUGCUCUCUUGGGAAAUAAUAAGGAAUCAAUUACUAACUUUAGUCGAUGUGUUAAUUUGCUCCAUAAAGUUCAAGUUGUAGAUUCUGAUGAUUCUGGAGGGCCAAAUAGUCAAUUUGAGACUUUGAAAGAGAAGAUAAUGGAAGUAAAAUAUUUGCAAAAGCUGAAAUCAUUGGCUUUUGUUGGAAAAGGAGUGCAGCUGACAGAAAGAGGUCAACAAAGAGAAGCUCUGCAGAAUUUUCAGCUGGGUCUACAAGCUUGUCCUGAUAGUUUAGAAGCAAUGUAUAAUCUGGUGCAAGUUCUGUGGAAACUUAGAAGGAAGGGUGAAGCUGUCUCUUACUGGCAAAAAUACCACAGUUCAACAAGAGCAUCUGCAGAGGAGGUGCAGCAAGGGUGGUCCAAAAAAUUGCCCUUAUUCUUGAUUCCUCAUCUCAAUGAAAUAAGUCCUUCAGAGGAAGAAGCAGUUUCUGAAAUGUUGCAGGCACAUUGUGUCUCUCAUUCUAAAGAGAAAUCAGCUGUUCAGUUUCUGAGAUCCACAUCUUAUUCAUGACCAUCAGUAGUCAUCCAGGUCCAAGUGAAAGAAAACGGCAAAGAACAUUCUGAAUUAAUGUCAUUUUAAAUCAUUUUGAAACAUGCACUUAUCCUGUCUGUUGCAUGAUUUGGCCAUGGCAAGUACCUUUGUGACAAAGGAAGAUUGCAUUUGAUAUUUCAAUGUUUAAACUGCAAAAUUUCUAGUUCGGGUAUUACAUAAAUCUGUAAUGGAGCCAUGCAGCAGCUCUCCCAGAAGAUCAUUAUUCUUUUGUCUGUAUCCCACAAAGCUGUGAAUUCAGAAAUAUUGGCAAGAUUCAAGGCUGAGGCAGAGAGAUCUUUGGUCUACAUAGAUGGCCAAACAUAAAACUGAGGCCAAGGUCAAAUCAUUAAUGACCUCAUCGAAUGGUUGAGCAGGUGGACAUAUCCUCCUAAUAUUUUCUUAUAUUUCCAUAAAUUAUUUUAUUAUCCAAUCUUUUGAAAUGAACUGAGAAUUUAUUUCAUCACUAUUUACUUUUGACAUUUAUAAAGAAUCCAUCACAUUUAUACAAAAGUGCAUGUCUAAAUGUUCACAAGUAUAAAACUUCUUAUUAAUAAGUUGCAGCAAAAAGAAUUGUUUCUUGAGAUUUAAAUUUCUUAUGUUUAAAACAAAAUUUGAAGUAAAAUUAUUAUCAAAGCACAUGUAUACUCAUAUACAACACUGAGAUUCAUUUUUGUGGACGUACCUGGUAAAUCCAAAAUAAAAUAAUAACCAUUUCAGAAUCAAUGAAAGACUGCACCAACUUGGGCGUUA